CUGUGCUGGCAGCAGCCCCGUAACUCGGGGGACGGAGCGGGCCGGAGGGGCUCCCGCAAAGCAGCCCCCGGUGGCAGGAGGAGAGGAGCCAUGUCCUCGCGGUGCCGCUAUUUAUAGCUGCUCGCUCCGAUGCUCGCCAUGCCUUUGGCACCGGGAAUGUGAACUGUGCAUAAACAACCGCCCUGUCAUGAACUCCCGAGGCCUGGAUUCUGACGCAUGGACGAGAGAUCUUGGUGGAUUAUCGUGUUGGCGUUCUCUGCUGUGGGAGGAAAGUCCACCAGCACCUUUUGCUGUUGGGUCAGCUUCCUAACUGAAACCUUGUGUCAUUUCUUCCAGCAACGAGCCAUUUGUCAGGAGCAGCAGAACAUUUUCCACUGCAAACUCAAACUUAUCCCUUGGCUGAUGCACCCGUGUUUUAAUGGUUCUGUGAAGAGUUAUAGCAACAGUGGUUCCCUCAUUUUUGGUUUAUUUUUCUCCCAUGGUAUUGCACACCCUUUUUCUUUUUGCUAAUAAUUUUUUUUUAACAAAAAAAUUUUGUGAUGGUCCCUUUGCUUUUGCUCUCCUUUAGUGCUUCCCUUGGUCAGACCUCCUGUGGUCCAAAUCCAUAUUCCAUCCAGAAUACAGCUUACUCAGGGUAGAAGAGAGAACUGAAAGGCAAGAGCCCUGAUGAAGAACUUUUUCUGACAGAUGACAUCAUCAAGCGCCACAGGAAAGAGCAAACAGAUUCCAGCACCUCGGGCGACAGCAGGAGCCAGCAGGUCAAGAACAGGAGUUCAGCCUUCGGGACCUAACCGUUUCAGAAGAGGGUUUGGACAGCAACAAUACAACAGGAGACAAUUCAGGAAUACUUUGCCUGGUCGCAAGAGAAGAGCAGCUGCUGCCUUCAAUGGAGUGAGCCCUUUAAAUCGCCAGGCAUCAGCUCAGGAGGGCAACAAGAACAGCAAUGCUUUUGCCAAAAGCAGCAGCGGGCAGCAGAAGGACCAGGCACAGCCAUCUCCAGGCCCCAAGAGAUUCAGAGCAGAUGCUGCCAGCACCCAGACCCCAGGGAAAAGGCCUUUCCGGCUAAACAGGGGACCAGCGUUCCAGCAGAAGCGGGCGCAGCAGUGGUUCUCCAAAGCCCGCUUCCAGAGAGGGCAGAUGGAUGCUCAAGGAGAAGGGAAACCGCCAAGGAUGAGAAGGUGGCAAGUGAAACCCAGCCCGGGAGCAAUUCUGACGGUUUCUGUGGUUAAUCCCCAGGCGGGCCAGAGCAGCGGGCCUGGAUCCAAGCGCCCGUUCCUGCGAAGCCAGAGACCCCCAGCACGGGUGACCAAGCCCCAGCCCAAGGGGGUGAUGCUGAGAUUCAACUUCCGUGCCAUGGCCAACCAGGUAGAGGAUUGUCGACGGCACAGGCGGCACCUGGCGCCCUGCAGCAGCCCUGCCACUAAGCUGUUAACACCACGCUCAGGUUUCUGGGGCUGCCAGCUGGGUUUGUCUAACAUGGCCCAGGAGGAGAGUCCUGUAGCCGUGUUGGCCAGGUUGUUGGCAAAACUGAAGGCACUUGAGAAGACUGUUGAGCAACUACAGACUCAGCCCAAUUUUUCCCAUUCUGUUGGCCUGUCUUGCAAGGCCUGUCCGUGUGCUUGCUCGGAGCGGGGAGAUCCUGCUGGUGGGUGAUCCUGGCCAGGGGGAACUGUUUCAGUGUCGGUGCUCCCCAUUCCUCAGAGACACGUGGCACUUCUGGGCUUUGCUCGCUCUUUGCUUUGGUGACCUUCUCGGUGCCCCAUUUCACACUGAAGUAUGGUCCAAGAGCCCUGGGGCAGCUGAGAAAUCCUGCUCCACCUUCUUCAUUGCCGGCGUUUCUUGUCUGGACGGUUUGGUUUUCCCUGAUGCCUUGUGCUCCAAUGCCAUCUGCUUGCUCCUGUUCUGGCCGAGGACGCCCGGUGUCUUGGGGCUGGGAGCUGCUUGGAGGUUUUCCAGCCGCACACAGUCUGUCGAGCUCCUUGUCUCUGUGUGCUGCGUGGUUUAAUUGACUAACCAGCUGUGAAACACCAUCCUGACUGAUGGGCUCUAAUCAAUACCCCGCUACAAGUUGGGCUGUGCUUUGCCACCAGACGUGGGACUGACUCGCUCUCCCUUUCCCCUGCAGACCAGCCUGACGCUGGAUGAGAGGUUCUCUGGUCUGAGGAAUAAGAGGCGCUUUACAGCAGCCAGGAGCGCCGGACGGACGGUCACCAU